UCCCCUCCCCUUUCCUGCCUCCCUCCUAGUUUCCCCGCGGCUCCUGGCGUCCCCCGGACUUUGCCUUGUCAUGUCAAGAUGGAAGUCAGGCAGGACUGGCUCUCCGCAGCCCCCCACGAGGGCUUCGAGCAGAUGAGGCUGAAGAGCAGACCCAAGGAGCCGUCCCCGAGCCUGGCCAGAGCGGGGCCCAACUUCUACAGCACGGUCAAGCAGCAGGACUACAGUGCCAGCGUCUGGCUGCGGAGGAAGGACAAGCUGGAGCACUCCCAGCAAAGAUGCAUUGUGAUCUUUGCACUGGUAUGCUGCUUUGCAAUUCUGGUUGCACUGAUUUUUUCAGCGGUGGAUAUUAUGGGAGAAGAUGAGGAUGGACUCUCAGAAAAGAACUGUCAAAAUAACUGUCGGGUUGUUCUUGUGGAAAAUAUUCCUGAAGGUAUCAACUAUUCAGACAGUGCACCAUCCCAUUUGUCUCUUUUCCAAGGCUGGAUGAAUUUGCUUAAUAUGGCUGAAAAAUCUGUUGACAUAGUAUCUUCCCAAUGGGACCUCAAUCACACUCAUCCAUUUGCAUGCCAGGGUCAGCGGCUUUUUGAAAAAUUGCUAGAAUUGGCAUCUCGAAAUAUUGAGAUAAAAUUAAUGAGCGACAUACACCACAUCGACUCAAAGGUAUUAAGCGACUUGAAAACAAAGGGUGCUGAAGUGCUGUAUAUGAACAUGAGUGCAUAUAAGGAAGGUCGCCUUCAAUCAUCUUUCUGGAUUGUUGAUAAACAGCAUGUGUACAUUGGAAGUGCCAGUUUAGACUGGAGGGCAUUGGGACAGAUGAAAGAACUCGGUGUCAUCGUGUACAACUGCAGCUGCCUGGUUCUAGAUUUACAAAGGAUCUUUGCAUUAUAUAGCUCUUUAAAACACAAGAGUAAAAUACCUUCGAAUUGGUCUAAGAGACUGUAUGGGGUGUAUGAUACUCAGAACAAAUUAACCCUGCAGCUGAAUGAGACAAAAGCAGAGGCCUUUGUGUCGAAUUCUCCCAAGCAAUUUUGCCCCAAAGACAGAGUCUUUGAUAUUGAUGCUAUCUACAAUGUGAUAGAUGAUGCCCAGCAGUUUGUGUACAUAGCUGUCAUGGACUACCUGCCAAUUGUCAUUGACACUAAUGCUAAAAGGUACUGGCCGUACUUGGAUGGGAAGAUAAGAGAAGUACUUGCUUUGCGAAGUAUUAAAGUACGACUCCUCAUAAGUUUCUCAAAAGACACAGAUCCCCUUACGUUUAACUUUGUUUCCUCUCUUAAAGCUAUUUGCACUGAAGUUCCCAGCUGUAGUUUAAAAGUUAAAUUUUUUGAUCUUGAGGAAGAGAGUGUUUGCUUUUUAAAAGAACAGAAAAAUUCGUCUUUUCCCAAAUUAAAUCGUAACAAAUAUGUGGUGACUGAUGGAGCUGCAUACAUUGGUAAUUUUGAUUGGGUGGGAAAUGCUUUUACUCAGAAUGCUGGAGCUGGCCUUGUUAUCAACCAAGCAGACUCUGGGAACAGCACAAGCAUCAUUAAGCAGCUUAAAGCCGUGUUUGAAAGGGACUGGUAUUCUCACUACGCCAAAAGUUUACCACCAACAAAAAUCCCGAACUGCUUAAACCACAAACUUAACAAAGCAGCAUCAAACAAGACUGCCAUGAGCAAUGUGAACUAAAAAGACUCUUUUACUGUAUAACAAAUGAAGACAUCCACUGGGGCUGUAACCCCAUUUCAUAUUUACAGACAAAAGACUGUAAACAAAAAAAGCAAAAAAUAAAUUAAAAAAAUGUCUUUUUUUAGGAAAAAGCACACUUAUAUAAAAUGUUCUCUAAACUAUAUUCUCUAUAUUAAAUUAUUUCAGACUUUUAAAUUUGUUACUUCAGACAUUGAAUGUCAUUUCUGCUUCGAUGUUGAUUUUAAUGUUUCACAUUUGCAUUUAAAAGCAUGCUUUGAUUCCUCUCCUUCAGUUUUAGAACUUGCCCUACCACCUGUCCUGGUUAGUAUAAACCAGGAGGCAGAAUUGAGAGCUGAACUAUGAAAUGUCAUUGUAAGACCAGCUGUUACUGAUACAUAGUGGAGGACAGAUUUCCCCUAUGGGAAAAGACACAGGUAUAAGCUGAUGUUCUCCCAUGUAAAUUGUGCCCUCCAAAUAUUUGACAAUCUGAGUAAAUUCUGAUAUUUAUGAACAGGUAUUUUGAAUAUCAAUAUCUAAAAAUGUUUUAUAGUAUUCUCAAAAUGAAUUUAACUGAUC